AUGCACAAAUAUUACUAUGGCACUCCUAUUCGGAAACCAAUACCCAGCUCUCGCGACUCUUCAGCCGAACGUUCCCCUUCGCCGAAACGCUACUCCUCACCCAGACGCUUCUUACAUCCCAGAGUACCCAGGGGAUGGACUUUUCCUACAUACCCAACAGAAUACACUGGCUACACUGAUCUUGAAUCCACCUCACGACGGCCAGCGAACAUCCACCACCACUACGAAAUGCGUUUCAAGCCUGCUCAGAUCAUCUCGCCAUCCUACCUCUUGAAUGUCCGCAUCCUCCAAGUCGUGCUCGCACUUAUCUAUCUGAUACUGCUAUGCUAUUGUGGUAUUCACCACGGCUGGUGGCUCAACCUUCAUCAGCCGUUGGGCUUUGGCAUCUCUGCCUCCUUACUCACGAUCCUAAUCGCCAUACCCGACAUUCUCAACCGAGACUUCACGCUCUCGAAUACGCUCUCCACCUACUUGUUCCAUUUCCUCCGCCUACUCUUCGAACUCCUCCUCAUCGCACUCUGGUGUGCCGCCUUCGUCACGAUGCUGCUACCCAAGGGCAAGGACUUCAGGCUGCUCUUUCAUAGGCCGCCGUACGUGGAGUGGAUUUGUGCGGUUGUGCUCGCUGCGAUUGAGCUGCUGGGUUUUGUAUGGAGUAUGGUGCUAGUGCUGCAGGAGAAGUACAAGGUUUCCGGCUAA